UGAUCUGCUCUGUACACCAGGAAGAGCGGAUCAGUCGCCGAGUGUAACAGGGACUGGCGCAGUUCUCUCAGGAUGGGGAGUCUGACGCUUAUCGCGGUCGCAGUUUGCUUAUUGAUAUCUGUGGCUGAGCCUCAGGGUUUCACUAUCCUGACAGAAAACAGUCGGAUUAAUGUGGCCGAAGGAGGAAACGCAUUAUUUUCAGUGAAGCCGUCAGACGCGGUGAGGGCUGGAAACUGGGAUUUCAAGGGGGAAACUAUCGGUCGGUGGAUCGGGAUAAAUGUUGAUUUCAAUACUGAGUACAAAACACGGGCUGAGAUCUUCUUCCCAAACGGAUCAUUCCUGCUGAAGUCAGUGACAGUUUCGGACAGUGGAGAUUACACUGUUAGCAUGACUCCAGUUAACGGCAAUGACGCAACAGCAACCAUCGCUCUGCACGUCCUUGAACCUGUUUCCAAGCCUAAUGUUAUCGCCAAUGUCACCAACCCAGUAGAACACAAUGACACCGUGACUCUGACGUGCUUCGCAUCAGGCACCACAGUUUCAUAUCAGUGGCUUGAAGACAAUAGCACUAUUAUUCCUGAUAACAGAUUUAUUCUAAGUGAUGAUAAUAGAACUCUCACUAUAUCUGGAGUGUUACGGUCUGAUGGAGGAUUCAUGUGCUAUGCAUUCAACUCCUUUAGCGGAAUGACAAGUGAUCCAUACCUUCUAAAUGUUAGCUAUGGACCGGAUCUCCCUAACAUAUCCAUAAACCCUGAUUUGUCCACUUACCUUACUGGAAUAACCGUUACUUUUGCAUGUACUACGGACUCAAACCCACCUGCGGAAUUGAAAUGGUUUAUCAACGAUACCUUUCUUCAACAAAAAGGGCAACAGCUUAUCAUUUCUAACAUUACUUUGAAUGGCACUGGAAAUUAUACCUGUCAAUCCUUUAACAAUUUAACAAGAAGGCACAGUGGCUCAACUAAACAAAUAGUUGUAAUAGAAUCUAUUUCUAACGUCAUUGUAUUGGCCAACAAUUCGAAAUCAGUGGAAAACAUCGAUACCAUUUCCCUAUCUUGUCAUGCCUCCGGUUCUGUACAAUCACGGAUAUGGUAUAAGGAUAACCUAGUUAUCAAGCAUAAUGACAGAAUAAUAACAUCUCUUGACAAUGUUACACUAACCAUAAUGAGCGUCAACAGAAAUGAUUCAGGAACGUAUAAAUGUAAUGCAAGAAAUGAUUUUAGCAGUGAUUCUGGAGAUGCCAAACUGCAAGUUAAUUAUGGUCCAGAGAACAUCAUUAUUACACCCCCAGGGCCAAUUCAGGUAGAAGUGGGAAAAACUCUUGAAUUAAAUUGUGAUGCUCUAUCAGUCCCACCUGCUACCUAUGAAUGGUACAAUGGGAGUAAGCUGUUAAAGGCAGGAGAAACUUAUACCAUUAAAUCGAUAAACUCGAACGGGAAUUAUAUUUGUCAGGUUAAUAACAGCGUAACUGAGAAAAGUAGAAACACUACCAUACAGGUAAUUUUACAAGGUCAACUCACCCCCGACAGUAAAUUAAACAGUGGUGCCAUAGCAGGCAUCGUGAUUGCUGUUGUUACUCUGGGAUUGAUCAGUGGGAUAAGUGCAUGGUUGAUCAAAAAGAAAGCAUGCAGGAUGAAAGAUCCAACACAAGGGCAAAAUGCUACGAACAUUAGUCCAAGAGUAAACAACUACUCUGUUGCAAUAGGUGAGAACUCAGCACCGACCUAUGAAAAUAUUCCAAGACCGCAAAAGGAGCAAGUUACAAAACCAUUUGAGGAAGACUCUACUUACAUGGGAUUACAACAGCAGGAUCUGUCAGUUUAUAGCAGUUUAUAUACACUCAGAAAUGAUGAGACACAAACUUCAUGACUACCAGGACAUUGUUGGCUUCUAACUCAGUCCAACAGAAGGACAGCAAACUCAUGAAGAUGCUGUUACAAGACACUUCUCUCAGUCUCUCUAUAAGUUUUUUACUUCAAGCUCCACAUUUCUGCAUUAAAUAUCAUCUCCCAACUUCUACUGAGAAACUAUACAUGAUUUCAAUCUGCAUAUUAAUUCAGCUUGUCUUCUCUGCUCUGAUUUCAAUCCCCUUCUAAGCUCAGUAAACUUUCCCUUCAUAUAAACUCUGUUACUAAUAAACAUUGUCACGUCUGAACAGAGCCAUAAGAGCGUGGCUUCUCGAUGUCCAUGGUCUUCAUCACACUCUUACACAUUUCUACCCACUUCCACUCUUGAAUUCCCCUGGAAAAAGAAAACUCUGCAAAUCAUUUACAAACUAACUUUCAAACUGUCACCUGCCUCACCUUUGCUCUUCUAUUCAUCCUGAUAGGUCUGCAACUGUUGAUGCACUCAACCAAUGACUCAUCUCCAGGUUUAAUCCUCUGUUCUCAAUAAGAACUUUGCUCUUUUCCAUCCCGGUUGUUCUCCUUGCAAUGGUGCUAAGCUUGGUUUCUUAAGGGAGUCAGCAAGCAUGUUUCUGCACACAGCUGGUUGAGCUAUCUUUAAUGAGAUCACAGCUGACCACAUGAAGCAUCACAUUGUUGUGCGAAAACUACCAAAUUACUCUGGGAUCAUUCUGGAGAAUAAGCAUAAGCACCACUCCCUUUCACAUUAUCCAUCUCUGCCCUUUCUUCCAACGCCUCGUGUGAAUCCAGUCUUCCUCUCUGAUGGAGCAAUGACCCAUUGUCCUAAUCAUUCAUAAAUUUCAUCCAUUUUUUUACUUUGAUCACCAGGCUUAUCCCUCUUAGCAUUUCUGCAGCCUAUAAUGGGGGAACACACCUGCCUCCCAUGACACCUCUCCUCUGUUGUUGAACUCAGUGCUUUAGUUAAAAAGUCAUUAAUGCCUUCUGGGAUUGUGCAGCAAAUACUGUUACUGUAGCUCAUUUCCUUCGAAAUAAUGUUAAGAUGAAGAUAACAUCUUCAUAUUCUUGAUUCCCAAUCCAGGUGUAAAUGUUUGUCUGCAUGUAUCAACUGGAUUCCUUUAACAUGUUAAACACCUGAAUCAGAUCAUUCGCCAGCAUCCUAUAAUCAUGAAGUAGAAAGAAAUAUUAUUCAAUUCGUUCAACCAUUUAAUCCUUGGUAAAUAUGCACUGUGGCCACCUUUUCUAUUGAUUGUUCUUCAUCCUACUUGAGUUGAGCACAAACAUUCCAAUGGCCAUGUUGACGUUUGUCCCUGUCUUUUAAUUAUUUCUGUCCUUGAAAUAACAAAUGUCUUUAUUUUUUUAAAUGUUCUGGUUUAUUCCAUAUCUGGACUGCUGUGUACAGUUAUGGGAACCAUACCUAAUGUGUUUUGCAUUUGUAAUGACAGUAAACUUGUACAUGAACAGUUAAACACAGAAUUCUGGAUGUUGCCUGCAGCAAAUCUCUGACCCUCACCGUGAUGUACUGUUCAAGUCCUCACAGAUGAACAUUUUCAUAAAUUAAUUGAAAUAACGUGAAGCUCCACAUUCACGAUAUUAGACUUGCUGAGGGUAAGAAAAUACUUAGAAAAUUAUGUCUUGCUGAAUGAAUAUAAGCCUGAUGAACAUUCUAAGUAUAUAAGUACUGCUGAAUACCUUCUCUGGUUCUGCAAAACUAAUUGUAUACUUCUGGAUUGUAAAAUAUCUCCAUUAUGACAACAUUUGACAUUUGCAAAAUAAAUAUUUUUGAAAUUUGUU